CUUCUAUAUAUCCCCACCUUUCUCCACCAUGUUCUUCUCUUUCGCCUUCCAUGGCCUCCCACUUCUCAUUUCGAUCUUCAUACAACCUGGAUUCCGCUCGAUCAGAAGACACAACCAGUUCCAGAUUACCUAAUUUCGCAAAGUUCAGUAAAAACCAGCAACUAAAGCGUAGCUCGCUCAAGAACAAUCCACUUCGAGCUUGCGUUUCAUCAUCUCGUAACAUCUCAUUAAGUCGUUCAUCAUCAAAAUCUCUAUCACCAAUUCCCUCUUCUGGUAUCGAUAAUUUCAUUCUUGAAGAUGAACCUUCAUUGGGUAUUACAACACACACAAACGAAUUCGAAUUUAACCAUGUUAAUUGUCUUAUAUGGGUAUUACAUCAUUCCGCCAGAAGCUUUUCCCUCGCAAUUCAAUCUCUAGAUUUCGCUAAAACUGGUCCCGAGCUUUCAAAUGCCUGGAACGGAAUCGAUGUAAAUGCAUGGCAUAAACACACUGCAUAUCAGGUAGCAGUUUAUGCUUUACUCAAAGCUGCAAUCGAAGUGGGAUUAUCUCUUUCUCAGAAACGAAGCAACAGUCAAGUCUACGAAAUUUUAUCCUCAAAGACAUUAUUCCUUGGCGAAUUCAUAGAAACCCAAUUGAAUUCAAAGCAACCGAAAUUAAUUCAAUGGUUCAGAACAGUAGAACUUCCACGAAUUGCAGGAUUGUUCAUUCCACUAUUCAAGAAAUGGUCUGCGGAAUAUUCUAGAAGUGGUGUUGCAGGGGUGAUUCUUGCGAUAACUUGUUGUACUUCGAUAACAAAAUUGGGUUCAAGCCGUAUUUCUUGCCCUCAAUUUACUGCAUCGAUUGAUGAUUCAUUGGCUGAAUUUAGGGAUUUAUCAUGUGAUCUUGUAUCAGUAGAUAAAUUGCAUAAUUUGUCAAUCAAAGCAGGAUUUGAAGAAGAUUUUUUAUUACAUUGUGGUAAAAAAGUUUUACCGAGUAAGAAUAUAGAGGAUGUGGAAUUUUGGAUUGGACUCGUGAAGAAAAAACUUUCUUUAGCAUUUCAUAGAGAAAGUGUUAUAAUACCUCAAGAAAACUUCAUAGAAAAGGUUGAAGAAACUACUUUAGCAACUCUUGGGAUUUUUGCAUAUUUGGGAAGAGAGACAAGAUUGUAUUUAUCAGAUAUGAAUAUAAAAGAGAUGGAUGAUCAAAUUAAGGACUUCUUAAGUUACUUGGAGUGUGGUAGCUUGUAUAUCUAUCCUGAAUUUAACUCCCUCCCAAAGUAUCAACUCUUCAUUGAGGUGGUUAUAGAUGAAAUUUCAUGGCUUGAUUUUUAUGCUCCACUUAAAUGCAAAUUCCAAUAUGAUGGAAGAAGAUCUAGAAAACAUCAAACAGAAAAGGAGAUAAUUUUGUACACAGUUCUUACUGUUUGCUAUGAUGUUUUUUCCGGAUUUGUACAUUAUACAACUUCUUCUCAAAAAUCACUAAAUUCUGAUGUGCUUUCAUUUUUGUCUCAAAGUCAAACUUUGUUGUCGAAUUGCCUAGAGGAGUAUUGGGCGACUUAUGAUAAGUCAGGUGAAGUAAUGAAAUUUGGUGAAAGAGUUGUGCCUGAAUCAUUUAUGUUAUUGGAAGCUCACUCAAAGCCGAUUGAAUUGAUGAAAAGAGGGAAUCAUGAAGAGGUGUCUAGAGAGAUUAAGGGUAUAAGCUUAUUAGCAGGAAUCAACCAUUUAAAGGUUGCCAGGAAAAGAAAGCGUUUGUAUGAACGUUUACUUAGAAAAUCCACGGAAAAGGUCAUAUAUGCCAGUAAUAUUGUUUGUAUGGGUACUCAACUACUAUUCAUAGAUGUGGGGGAUGUUAUUGGGCUCCUUGUGAAGCAAUUACGUGGCAAAAAGAUUACAAAUAGAGAAAAAAAGAAAAUAAAGAGAACAUUGAAUGACAUGGUGACACUUGUCCCUGUCACAAUCCUAAUGCUAAUUCCAAUGUCAGCUGUCGGGCAUGCAGCAAUCUUAGCUGCAAUCAACAAAUACGUCCCAUCAUUGAUACCUUCCCCUUAUUCAUCUGAACGAUUGAAUUUGGUGAGACAACUAAAGAGAACCAAAAAGAUGGAAGUGGGGUCAUGGGCUAUUAGAGAAACUAGUGAAAAGAGUGAAGAAGAUAAAAGUUUUACAGUGGUGGUGCCAUAGAUACAAUACAAAAAAGGGAA